AUGGAAUCCAUCCGUAAAGCUGGUGGCAAGGGGAAUGCUAAAUUACGCAGUGUCAAGGAAAGGAAGUUGAAGAAAAAAGCCGAGAAGGAGCAGUCUACAGUGAGUGGUAGAGGUGGUGGUGACCUUAUGGGUGACCUUUUCGCAAAGCUAUCCAUGCGUCGUAAAGGAAUUUCAGGAUCUAAAGGUGACUCAGGAGGCUCAUCAGAGGCGGCAUCAGGUGGAGGAUCAGCUAUGGACAAGGUGUCGGCAAUGAUUCCUGCCCCACCCAAGACUGAUCGUUCAGAGACCAUGCAUUCAGGAGAAAGUGAUGAUUGGGAACCUUAG